AUCGCCAUGAGUUACAUUCUGGUCUUCAUUCUUAUUACCUGUGCCCUGAGGACCCACUCCCCCAUGGCCACUGCAGCACACAGGGCCUCCAUCUCAGUGGCCCCAGCAGGAGCAGUGGUGCCCCCCAGAAGCAGAGUCACCAUUCAUUGUCACUGCCAAGUGCGCUGCAGCCGGUUGUUCCUCUACAGAGAUGGGGUCGCCAUCCCAGUGCAGCACACUGAGGCACAGGGUUCCGGGGCCACCUUCAUCAUUGCCAGCACAGGACACAGGGGCACCAGCACAUACACAUGCAGGUACCUGAGCAUAAACCAGCAUCCCCGGUGGUCAGAGCCCAGCCAGCCCAUCCACCUGCAAGUGGGAGAAGCCAAACCAGACCUCAGGCCCACUGGGCCACACCAAGCCCAAGAACUCAUCCCACCGCUCAAUCCCACCAAAGAAACCAGCUCCAGCCCACAGACACAAGCUAGGUCAGGUCCCAGGCCCACUGGGCCACACCGAGGCCAAGAAUCCAUCCCACCACUGGUCCAAACACACAGCCCCAGUCCCCCCAAGGAACCCAGCUCCAGCUCACAAUCAUUCACCUCUGCUGCCCCCAAACUUGGACACCAGAAUUUCACCCAGGGGAACACCAUCCGCCUGUGUCUGGGUGCUGGGGUCAUGUUGCUCAUGUCAUUCAUUGUGGCUACAGCUUGUAACAAGGAGAGAUGACCAUGGUGGACAAGCGACCAGCUGGCUACAGGAGAAGGGGUUGCACACCAGAUUGACUUCUAUUUACCCCAGAUAUGCCCCACUGCGGGGAGCUAGUGGUGAAAUCCCAGUGCCCCACUCCUCUUCACUCCACUGAACAUAUUGACUAUGCUAAAUUGUUAAUUAGUGGGUUGAAGUGGGCUACUGAUUAUCAAGGGCUUCCUGAAUCUGUUUGUCAUCUCAUUUUUCCUUCACCCAUCAAUAAACCCUGUUAUAGUUCAAUAUUGCUUGUGAAUGCAGAAGUUUUGUUCACAUUGGAACACCCAGGCAGAAAGUAUUUCCCCGGGUUUUUGGGUAAAGGCUCAAGACAAGAAAAUCAAUUUGUGUAAAACCUCUAAAUUAAACUUAGCCCUUGUUACUGCCAUCUGGUGCCUGGCAGAAGGGUUUACAUGUGGACUGGAUAGCAUGAUAUCAGUCCCUUGAUGUGCCAGUAUGGAACACAAGGGUUACUGCCAGGCAACAUGGCCUAAUGGCAAACAAUUCUUGUCGAUAGACUUGGGAUCAUUUUUGGAUGAGAUGAUAGAACUGGUGGGUAAAAGGAAAUUGUGCUGAAUUCUUGUACUCAGGUUUCUGUAAGAGCUGAUACCAUACUCGGCUCUGAUAAAAAACUAGCACUGCACACAGCUACCAGAGCUCACUGGAAACAAAUUAAAACAUGAUGACAUGAUAGAUCACAGAAAGUCAUUACAGUUGGGAACUGUUUUUAGGAGGAGUGGGCAUUCCCUCAGGGGUUGUUCUUAGCAUAAGACCAAGCAAGAUUGUUACCAAAGAGCAGAAAAAAAUACAAACUCCUUUUCAUAGAUUCAUAGAUUGUUAGGGGCUGGAAGGGACCUUGCAGAUCAUCGGGUCCCGCCCCCCCGCUGUAGGCAGGAAG